AUGUCCCCGAUAAUAGUCACCGCGCGCAUCGUCUGCGUAAGCAAACAAGCCCGCGAAAGCGUUCUCUGUGCCUUCCACAAGAUCAUCGAAUUCACACAACCCAACGAACCAGAGGUGCUACGAUAUGUGGUAACACUACCUCUCGACGACACCACUGGGACAGUCUUGUACAUGAUCGAAGAAUACACUUCGGAUGCCGCCAGCGACGCUCAUAUUGCUACACAGCCCGUGCAGGAUCUUAUCCAACUCUUCACAGCCGGCGGAGUCCUCGCGCAGCCCCCAGAAGUCCACACUUGUCUUGUUGUGGGCAGUAAAACAUCGAGGCCUGUUCCCCAAGUUUCCGAGGAUCCUGCCAUCGUGCUCGCGCAUGUUGAGUAUAAGCCUCGUACGGUUUCGCAUGCUUUGAAGGGCUGGUUGAACGUUCUGGGCCAUGCGAAGAAUGAUGAAUACUGGACCAAAGGUUACACUUUAGGCAGAGAGAAAGAUGCAAACUUUGUGAGGACAGUCGAGAUGUACCAAAGUUGGGGAUUUCUGGAUAAUGUACACUUGAAGAGCGAUGCCGUUGCGAAAAACUACCUCGAAAAUGGAAAGGACAGGACAGGCGUGCAAGGCGCGGUGAGGGUCAAAGCAGUAGACGGGUAUCUAGGGAGAGAAAGACCACACAAGCUGUAA